AUGAAAAUUAAAACGAUCAAAAGAAGUGCUGAUGAUUAUGUUCCAGUUAAGAGUACUCAAGAAUCACAACUUCCUCGUAACUUAAAUCCUGAACUCCAUCCAUUCGAAAGGGCUCGUGAAUAUACAAAGGCAUUAAAUGCUACCAAAAUGGAACGUAUGUUUGCCAAGCCGUUUGUAGGACAAUUAGGUUAUGGGCACAGGGAUGGGGUAUAUGUUAUCGCAAAGAAUUAUAAAAAUUUGAAUAAACUUGCCACAGGUUCCGCCGAUGGUGUGGUUAAAUAUUGGAAUAUGUCCACUCGUGAGGAACUGUGUUCAUUUAAGGCUCAUUAUGGGUUGAUUACAGGUCUUUGUGUUACACCAGAGCAUCUUUCUAAACAAAAGAAUGAAAAUUUCAUGUUAUCCUGUAGUGACGAUAAGACGGUUAAACUAUGGUCGGUUAAUAGUGAGGAUUAUGCCAAUUUAAAGAAUGCUGAAGAUAUAAAUACCGCAAGUGGUUUAUUGAAGACAUAUUAUAGUGAUUUUGCCUUCCAAGGUAUUGACCAUCACAGAUCCAAAUCCAAUUUCGUUACCGGUGGGGCAAAGAUUCAGUUAUGGGACAGCAAUAGGUCAAAGCCAUUAACUGAUUUAUCAUGGGGUGCUGAUAAUAUUUCAACUGUAAAGUUCAACCAAAAUGAAACAGAUAUCUUGGCUAGUGCUGGUAGUGAUAACUCACUAGUUCUUUAUGAUCUAAGGACGAACUCACCUACACAAAAGAUUGUUCAAACAAUGAGAACAAAUGCCAUAUGUUGGAAUCCAAUGGAAGCUUUCAAUUUUGUAGUUGCCAAUGAAGAUCACAAUGCUUAUUAUUAUGAUAUGAGAAAUAUGUCCAGGGCUCUUAAUGUAUUCAAAGACCAUGUCAGUGCUGUUAUGGAUGUCGAUUUCUCACCUACAGGUGAUGAAAUUGUGACUGGUUCAUACGAUAAGACUAUCAGAAUAUUUAAUACUACGCAUGGACAUUCAAGAGAAAUUUAUCAUACUAAGAGAAUGCAACAUGUCUUCCAAGUCAAAUUCUCUAUGGAUGCGAAGUACAUAGUUAGUGGGUCAGAUGAUGGUAACGUUAGACUUUGGAGAAGUAAGGCAUGGGAGAGAUCUAAUGUCAAGACUACUAAAGAAAAGAAUAAGUUGGCAUAUGAUGAGAAAUUAAAGGAGAGAUUUAAGCAUAUGCCAGAGAUCAAGAGAAUUAGCAGACAUAGACAUGUCCCAAUGGUUGUCAAAAAGGCUCAGGAGAUUAAGAACAUUGAAAUAAGCUCAUUGAAGAGAAGAGAAACAAAUGAAAGACGUACUAAUAAAGGAAAGGAAUUCGUAUCUGAAAGGAAAAAACAGAUAGUGGGAACAGUUUUCCAGUAUGAUAAUAGAGAUGAUAAAAGGAAGACUGGCUCUGAUAAGUAA